AUGGAUAGAGAUCUUAUUAAAGGAAAUAAAAUAUGUUAUAAUUAUGAAAAAGAACGAUUAAGAUAAAUUCAUAAACACAAUUUAUAAAUAGCACAUCCUUUAAGUAUAUUACUUAAAAACAAUUAACAGUUAGAACUUAAAUGGAAAGGUUAUCAUAAAACUAAAAUAAGAAACUCUAAUUAUAAGAAGAGAGAUUUACUGAAAUUGAAAGAGAAAAUCGUAUCUUAUUAGAAAAGAUUCAAAAUAUAAUGAGUAAUAUUUCAAUAUAUAACUAGAUAAUGAACGUAAAAGGGCUACAUCUAAUUGGUAGAAUAAUAAUAAUAUGACUACUUCUAAUUUUAAUUAAUCUUAAUCAGUUAAUAGGAAAUAAUCACUCAAUAAGGAAAAAAGGAAAAAAGAGUUGGUCAGAAUUACUAUUGAAAAUUAAAGAUUAAUGAAUAGAUUAGUUACUAAAAAACCUAAUUACAAUACGAAAAUUAUUUUGAAACAAACAUCAUAAUAAUAAUAAUUAGUUUAAUAAAUAGCUGAAUAUCCACUAAAAAGAUCUAGAAUUCAAAGUUCUAAUAGAUAAAAGAGUGUUGAUCUUUCAAGUAAAUAUAAUGUAAUAUAAAAGAGAGUAGUUUUAUGGGUUGUUUACCAACUUAGACAAAUUAUACACCAAAUAAUUAAUAAUCAAAAAAAAUAAUUCUUUAUAAAUAAAAUAAAAAAAUAGAUGAUAAAUUGUAUUAUAUUGAGGUUUUCUAUGAAGAUGAGUAAAAAUAAUAAUAUAUUAUUAUUAGUUUAUUUAAAAUUACUGUUGAUGAUGAAUAAUGUCCAAAUACAAAAGUUUUUGAAAUGCCUUAAGAAGAUGGUUAAAUUGUUUUGAGGGAGAUAUAUAAUAAUAAUAUUUUACAAUUAGUAGAUGCUAUAAGUGUUGAUAAUAACAUUCAUCUAACAGGAUUGGAAUAAUUUGAACAAUCUUAAUGA